AUGGCAGAGGGGCAGAUCCUGGUGCUCGACGGCCGAGGCCCCACGUCUUCUGGCUUCUGGCGGAGCUUGCGGGGCGGGCUGCCCCCUGACAGCAGCCAGCCAGGCCAUGGCCCAGGACCGUGGCCCAGGACCGUGGCCCAGGACCGCUGUGAGGUGUUCGGUGGCUUCCCACCGCCCUGUGACAAGAAAAAAUGGAUGGUGCUUCUUCUUGGCCCCAAAAUCGUGCAUCUGAAGCCUACGAGAAAGUCUGCCUACCUGCGGCGCCUGACUCACGAGGUGGGCUGGAAGUACCAGGCCGUGACAACCACCCUGGAGGAGGAGGAGAAAGCCAAGAUCCACAACCAGAAGAAACAACUCCUGGGGCUACAGAGACAGGCGGGAAAGAACGUGGAGAAGACCAAUGACAAAUACACAGAGGCCCAUGGACUCCUGGGCUGAGCCCAGUAAAGACUGUUGAUUCCUCAUGCUUGAUCUGGCCUGCCCUUCCUCCAUCGUGGCCCUGGAAUGCGGGGGAGCCAGUGGCAGCAGUCCAGGUGCCACAGGCAGCCUGGGACUUAGGAAGCUUGGGAGCAAAGAUCUUAGUCACUGCCUUUCAAUAAGGUUAC